AUGAAAAGUCCAUCUGAAUUGGAUGAAAAGGUUUUCGGACUUUUUUUGAAUAUUUCUAAAAAUGCACAACCUCUACCUGAUAAUUUAAUUAAUAAGCUGGUAGAAAGAUUCGAUCCUCGGCAAGCAAACUGCCAUUUGAUUGAUAUAUUUGAAAAUUCAGUUAAAAAUAAUCAAAAUAUUUCAGCUAAACUUACAUUAAAAUUAGAGAAAGCAUUAGAGAAUUCACUGAUUUCAGAUCAAGUAUUGUCAAUUUUUGUACUUCUGGCACUAAAAGGUGAAUAUUUAUCAAAAAAUAUAACCAUUAAAAUCUUAGAUAAAAUUUUAAUUUUACAAAAUUCAUUGAUUAUUCAACAAUAUUUAUCUGUUAUUUGUUCAUUGAUUCAAAACAAAGAUUAUUUUAAAGAAAACUUUAUAGAUUCCCUUCGUCAAUUUUUUAAUCCAUUUUCUGAUGCUAUUAUUAGGUUAGUUUCACGUAUUCAAUCAGUUUUAAUCCAUUUAUUAAAAGGAAACAAUCAAAAUGUUAUUCGUAAAAGUCUUAAUGGAUUAAAAAUACUUAUAAUAUUUCCUAAAGUUGAACUUAAUCAGAAAAGUAUAGAUAUCUUAUUAGAUCUAACAGGAAAUACUAUUUGUGAUGAAAAUAUGAAAAAUGAUAUUAAUAUACUAUUAAAUACAUCGACAUUAGAUUAUAGUCAACAAUGCAGAAUGAAAUUGGUUAAUUUAAAGUAUAAUUUGAAUGAUGAAUUGCUCGAAGAGUUGGCUAAGUCUUCUAAACCGAAAUUAUUUCAACAAAAUUUCAAUCAAAUAGAUAAUAUCAUUAAUAAUUAUCCAGAAUUAAAUGAAAAAGCAUUGACAACUUUACUGCAAUGUUCGAAUAAAGAAAAUAUGACAGAUACAUUGUUAUACAGUAUUACUAUUUUAAUGCUUAGUAUGAGCUCGAAAGAAACGAGAGUAUUAUGUAGACAGUUGAUAAUUGAAACAAUUUAA